UAAGCCAGUAUAAUUAAAACACCCAUUGUACAUUUUUUACAUUGCAAUUUCCAAUGCGUCCUGCAUGAUGGUAAGAUCUGCACAGAUAUGAAGGCUGGAUAAUGGUGAUAUAUCUACAAGCCUUUCAACUGUAUACAUGAAAUAUGUAUUUAGUACAAGUAACAUAAAGCAAGAACAGAAAUACUUUGCUCGGUCUUAUCUUUCUUUGUACAGUGACGACCGCUGAUGCUGCAUAUACUUUGACGCGCCGUUUAAAAGUAGGAUAUAUACACACCAAAAGGCUGAUAACUCAAGAAAGAAGCCAACGGCAUCGAUUCUAUUUUCCUGUGUUUAGUUAUUGUCUCCCACCGGUCGAUGCUCUGAGAAGAUGCUCCUUCUGUGCGAUGACGUGCACGUCAGCAUCCUCCAGCCAGUGUUGCCAGAUUGGGCUGGACAUUGUGCCCAAUCUGGCAACACUGCCUCCAGCGCGCCGUUCGCCAACACCGUCAUUUGCGCACAGAAGCUCUGCUCGACGGAGAUGCUCCAGUCCAGAGUGGCUGAGUCGAGGAAAGAGUGACCGUCCAGGCUACAGGGGGAUCGUAUCUGGUUCUAUACUAUGGAUCUGCUGGAUAUGUUUCCUUAUGUUUUAAUGAUUCACGGCCCAAAGUGAGGAGAUGUCAGAGGGAAUAUGCGGGCGCUUCGGAGAGUCUCCAGCAGCACCGCUCCCAAUCACGGAGGUUGGGAUCGUAUCCGCGGGUCCUCCGCGGGAGGUAUGCCUCUGAGGAAGUUGUGGUGUCAACGGAUUCUCUACUUUGAUCCCCGAUGAGAGAUGGUACGUGAUAAUUAUCUAACUGUAACUUCAUGGAUUUGAUGAUACUGACGUGACAUCCAGCUGAAGUACAGACAUGGCAAUGUCCAACAUGGUCUUCUCGGACGUGGAAACUUUUCUGGACACGCACCCGGAGUUAUUCGAGGACUAUUUAAACCGAAAGGGGAAGCAAAGCAUGGUGGAGAAAUGGCUCAAGACUCACCCGGCGAGCAAACCAACCGCGUCCUCCGCUCAGGUCGCCGCGGAACCGGAGAAACCGUACGCGCGUAAAGAGAGCUGGGCGAGCCGGGGCGACGGCGCCCAGAGGCGUGCGUCGCAGAAGGAGCUCCGCACGACAUUCGCCCGGUCCAAGGCCAUGAACUGCAAUAGAACUUACGACGAGCACGUUAAUACCCGGGCUCAGGAACCGCUGACGAGCAUGAGGAGACGAGCGCUUCUCCGGAAAGCCAGCUCCCUGCCCCCGACCACCGCACACAUCCUCAGCGCCCUGCUGGAGUCCCGCGUCAACAUCCCCCAGUACCCCUCCACCGCGGUGGACUUUAAGUACUACCUCAAGGAGCACAACGAGCGCGAGUUCUUCCUGGAGCUGGUGAAGGACAUCUCCAACGAUUUGGAUAUAACCAGUCUGAGCUACAAGAUCCUGGUGUUCGUGUGCAUCAUGGUGGACGCGGACCGCUGCUCUCUGUUCCUGGUUGAGGGCUCGGCCAACAAGAAGACGCUCGUGUCGAAAUUCUUUGACGUGCACGCUGGGAUUACAAUCUUACCUUCUUUGAGGAAUUCCGACGAAGUGCAGGUUCCCUGGGGGAAAGGCAUCAUUGGAUAUGUGGCUGAGCACGGGGAGACCGUAAACAUCCCUGAUGCUUAUCAGGACCGCCGCUUCAGCGACGAGAUCGACAAGAUGACGGGCUACAAGACGCAGUCGCUGCUGUGCAUGCCCAUCCACAACAGCGACGGCGAGGUCAUCGGCGUGGCCCAGGCCAUCAACAAGAGCCCGGGCGGCGCCCUCUUCACAGAGGAAGACGAGAGGGUGCUCCAGAUGUACCUUCCCUUCUGUGGGAUCGCCAUCUCCAACGCCCAGCUCUUCGCCGCCUCCAGGAAGGAGUACGACAGGAGUCGGGCGCUUCUAGAGGUGGUGAACGACCUGUUUGAGGAGCAGACGGACCUGGAGAAGAUCGUCAGGAAGAUCAUGCACCGCGCCCAGACGCUGCUCAAGUGCGAGCGCUGCUCCGUGCAGCUCCUGGAGGACAUCGAGUCCCCGGUGGUGAAGUUCACCAAGUCCUUCGAGCUGCUGUCGCCCAAGUGCAGCGCAGACACCGAGAACAGUUUCAAAGACAGCAUGGAGCGGUCCUCCUACUCUGAUUGGCUCAUCAACAACAGCAUCGCCGAGCUGGUGGCGUCCACUGGUUUGCCCGUCAACAUCAGCGACGCCUAUCAGGACCCCCGCUUCGACGCCGAGGCGGACCAGUUCUCCGGCUUCCACAUCCGCUCGGUUCUCUGCGUGCCCAUAUGGAACAGCAACCACCAGAUCAUAGGUGUGGCACAGGUGUUGAACAGACUGGACGGGAAGCCCUUCGACGACGCUGACCAGCGUCUCUUCGAGGCGUUUGUGAUCUUCUGCGGUCUCGGCAUUAACAACACCAUCAUGUACGACCAGGUGAAGAAGUCAUGGGCCAAGCAGUCUGUCGCCCUGGAUGUGCUCUCCUACCACGCCACGUGCUCCAAGACUGAAGUUGAUAAAUUCAAGGCGGCUAACAUCCCCCUGGUGUGUGAGCUGGGUAUCGACAUGCUGCCCUUCGACGACUUCUCCCUGGACGUGGACGCCAUGGUGACGGCUGCCCUCAGGAUGUUCAUGGAGCUGGGCAUGGUGCAGAAGUUCAGGAUCGACUACGAGACGCUGUGCCGCUGGUUGCUGACGGUCCGGAAGAACUACCGCAUGGUCCUCUACCACAACUGGAGACACGCCUUCAACGUCUGCCAGUGCAUGUUCGCCAUGCUCACGGUAUAUACAGUAUAG